UAUUCAUACUCCUUUCGCAUAUAUAUGCUGAAUUAGGAACAAUAAUCAAAGACUUUUAUACCAAUUUGUUUUCUUAAAUUGUAGGCGUUGAUUUUAGUAUUUGUGCUUGAAUGCCAACAAAUAUUGUGAAUUUCUAGUGAAUUCCCUCCAUUGUUUUUAUGGGAAGGAGGGAUUAUUGCCUCCUAACUUGAUUAUCAGGGUCUGGGAAAAAAUUGUUUUUCUGGUUGUGUUGACAAGUCCAGGAGAGAUGUCUUGAGCUUUACAAGUCCACUAGCCACUUCGUGCUUCGAUUUUUCUAAACAGAUCUCUUUCUAAUUGAGUGAGCUACUCACUGAAAGGCUUUUCCUUACCUUUUCUUUUCUUUUUCGUAUUUGUUUCAAUAUAACUUUAGUUAAUUAACUAUUUAUUUUAUUUUAUUUAUUUUUUCUGGGUAGUUUCAUCUUUUACCAAAAUAUUAAAAAUCAUUAUAUCAGUAACCGCAUUUCCCUUUUAUCGGAGCAUGGCAGAUUUCAUAAUAUGCAGAUUGAGGAGGAUAUAUUGUCUGUAUGUAGGUGGUUUCUUUUGUAGAUAUUAUUACUUGUCAACUUAGGAUAUUCAUGCCCAAUUUGACCUCUCAAUCCUAAGCUUCAGUUUCAUUCCUAAGCUUUACCUAGCCUGGGUAUGUCUUUUCCACUGUAUUAAGAUUUUUUUUUUUCCCCUGCAAUGUCCAAUACCUUUCCAAAUCCUACAUCAUUAUUAUCCGUACCCUUUUAUCAAAUUAUGCUGGCAAUUAUUUUUUCUCCGGGGAAAAUUACUAGUACAUGGAUUUCAUGUAGGUAUAUUAACUUUUGAUAAUUGCCCUGUAGCCUGUUAAGUUUAAACAAUAUUCACAGGCUUCAGUUUUCCCUAUGUGUAAGAGCACCACAAUAUUGAAUGUGGUUGAUUUGGUACCUCUUUGUCAUGAUUUACAAGGAUUAAUCCUGAUUAGUACCUCUUAACCCCUCUCCAAACGAAAAGCCCGCAUGAAAGUAAUGAACAGUACUUCAAUAGCACUGCUCUACUUGAUUGAACUAUGCAGGAGAUAGUGCUGGAGGCCCUGAUGUCACUGUCAGAUGUCAGCAAAAUUGCUUCAGGCAAUCAACCAAUAUCCAUUCGUAGGUUUUGGGACUCUGAGAUUUACAAAGGGAAGGUGAGUAGCAAGUCGAACUUCUGGAAGAUUAUCUCAGAGAUUAAAAAUAAGCUGACAAAGACUCAACUGAAGAAGUUCGAGGAAAGCUGUUUUGGCCACUUCUUGAGGGCCAAUGAGAUUCAAUUCAGUGGCCAAAUCGUGAACCAAAUGCUAUUUAGGCAGUGUGUUUGCGAUGAUGAGGAAGUGAUGGAAUUCAAUUUUGGAGGUUCUGGUGCUAGGUUUACUCGUAAGGAGUUUGGAUUAAUUACUGGUUUAUGGUGUGGACACCCACACAAAAGAAAAGUUGCUUAUUCUACACGUAUCAGUGAUAGGUACUUUGAGGGUAAGCGGAAGGUCACUAAUGCAAAGAUAUUGCAAGUUUUCAGAGAUGCUGAUUGUAAUGACGACGAUGAGAACGAUAAUGAUCGGUUGAAGUUGGCCUUGUUUUUAUUCCUCGAGGCGGUGCUAUUAGGUAAGGAAAGCAUGGCCACUGCAUCCCAUGAGCAUAUGCAAAUGGUGGAUGACUUGGAUUACUUCAACUCCUAUCCCUGGGGUACAACAUCUUAUAAAGCUACAAUUAAAUCAAUGUGCAGUGCUUUUCACCAUAGAGGUUCACGUCCAGCUAACAAGUCCAAGACGUACAGUUUGUGUGGGUUCCCUUUAGUCUUUAUGAUUUGGGGAUUCGAGACUAUUCCGUUAUUGGCUGACACUUAUGGGAAAAAGUCUGAUGUUACAACAUUUCCUCGCAUUCUCAAUUGGGAGAUCACUCAAUCACCAAAAUUUGAUAAGGCAAAAGAACUUGUAUUUGAUCAUCAAGAUUACCCUGUGGUUGGUAUAUUGGAGCCUACUGAUGAUGAGCUUCCAUACGUUGGCAGUAUUGUUUGGAGUACGGAACAGCAAAACUACAGUUCUGCACCUAUAGUUGGAGAGAAGCCACCCCGGAAAGGUGGUGCAGAAAAAGAUGGAGCCGUUCCUCAGAAGACCAGUGGAAAAAAGAAAAAACGAAAACUUAAGGAGGUGAUCCAUGAUAGGAACAAGAAAGUGAAGCCUAUAAAGGAUCAUGCGCAGCUGACAGAUUCGCCUGGAGAUCAUGAUGGUUAUGCUACACAAGCUGCUUAUCAUCUUUCAUCGUCGGCAGCAACGUCUAUUGACCACGAGGCCAAUUAUAUCCCAGCUCCACAGCAGCAGUUGUCCCCAAAAACACUGCAUGUUGUACCCGAUGAGGGAUCUUCAAGGGAUAGAUUAUCCAUCUUCGAGGGUAAGUUAGUCGGUUUAUGCGAUAAGGUGGCCGACAUUCGUAAAGAUGUUAGGAAAGUUUUGGAAAAGAUUGCUAGUUGGGAGACCAAGCUCGAUAGGAUGAUGUCAAGUUUGAUGGAGCAACACCGAGUAUGGCUUCAGGCCGAUAAUGAUAGUCAGAGGACAGAUGAUCAUUUUACAGACUCCAGUUUAAGAGGGUCUAGUGAUGUGGGUGAAGAUGCCACUACCUAUGUAGGAGAUGAUAAAUGAUACGAGGGGGAUUUGUUUAGUGAUGGUUGAAGUAGUAAAGCUUGCAAAUCAUGUAAAAUCAACUUCGUGUACAGAAAACAAAUAGUAAUAGUUUGAAAAAUCAAUACAUACUAUUUACUAAUUGGUAUAGCAAAUAUAUUAUUGA